CAGUUUAAUUCUGAAAGGCAGUCGGUUCGUUUCGUUAAAUGCAAGCGAUUGUUAAUAUUGAUAUUAAACUAAAAUAGAAAUAAAAAAAAUAAAUACAAUUUAUUUGGUUAAUUUAUCUAUCUCAGAAGGUAGAAGAUCUAUUUUAGGACACGGGAAAAAACUUUAAAAAUCAUUCUUUUUUUUUUUUGUAUAUUGGAUCAAUAAAUCGGCAAGAGGUUUUUUCUUUUUUUGGAAAAUCUUUCACUUUUCUUUACUCGUUCUUUUGGUUAUCGACGAUAUAAAAAAGGGAACAUUUUUAUUUCUCUUCGUUUUUAUUAUUUUUUACUUUAUUGUCUACUUCUGGCAUAUAUAAGAGAACGAUCUGUGGGAUUAAAUAAAAGAAUUGAAAUUGAAAUAUAUAAAUCCCCGCUGGAAUUUUUCGUUGUUUUUCCUCCAUUUUCUGAUUUUUCUCUGAAUUUUCCUCUCGGAAAAAAGUGCGAUCACAUACACAAAAUUUUUUGUUAAACGGCAACAUCGGCGGUGGAAAACCCUGACAAAAGAAGAAUUACUUAAAAUUUUCAAUUUCAUUUGAUUUUCCGUGGAAAUCAAACAACACAAAAGUGCUGAAGAAGAAAGAAAAGAAUCGAGUGGAAUUUAAUUACAUAUUAUUACUUCGUUCGUAACAAAGUGCAAUAUAAAUAAAAAAAAGUAGUAAGAAAAAUCAAAAGUGGCAUCCCUAAUUUGCGCAAAAGUACCUGUUUCAUAUUGCAGUUAUUUAGAAUAAAAAUUUUUAAAUAAAAUUUUUACUAUUAUUUUUAUUAAUUCUAUAACCUAACUGUGUUUCGAAGAGAAGAGGGAAACAAAACGGCAAAAUGAGUGUCUGCGAAAAUAAUAACACACAACAACAAAACACACAGAGCAUAGCCGACUAUCUGGCUCAAUUACUUAAGGACAGGAAACAAUUGGCAGCUUUUCCGAACGUUUUCAAUCACGUGGAACGUUUGCUGGAUGAAGAGAUUGCCAGAGUACGUGCCUCCCUAUUUCAAAUAAAUGGCGUUAAAAAAGAACCGCUCACAUUACCAGAACCCGAAGGAGCGCCUAUUACAUUAAAUGAAAAAGUCUAUGUGCCAGUAAGAGAACAUCCAGAUUUCAACUUUGUUGGAAGAAUUCUAGGACCCCGCGGUAUGACAGCUAAACAAUUAGAACAAGAGACUGGUUGUAAAAUAAUGGUCAGAGGAAAAGGUUCUAUGAGAGACAAAAAGAAGGAAGAUGCAAAUCGAGGUAAACCAAAUUGGGAACAUUUAUCAGAUGAUCUUCAUGUCCUUAUCACAGUUGAAGAUACUGAAAAUAGAGCAACACUCAAAUUAGCCCAAGCUGUUGCCGAAGUUCAAAAAUUGCUAGUGCCGCAAGCUGAAGGCGAAGAUGAGCUUAAAAAACGUCAACUCAUGGAGUUAGCUAUUAUAAAUGGCACAUAUAGAGAUACAACUGCGAAAUCAGUCGCUGCAGUUGAAGAAGAAUGGCGUCGGGUAGUUGCUGCAUCAGCCGAAAAUCGUUUGCUUCCAACCUCCAUUCCCGGUCUGGCGCAACAAAUUCGUGCUCCAACAGCAACCCCGCUGGGUGCGCCCCUUAUCCGAAUGACAGUACCAACAUCAGCGGCCAGUUUAAUACCUGGACAAGCACAGCCCGGACUUGAGCAUGCCGCCGCCCAUGGUAUGAUUUUCGCCCCCUUCGGUGAUUACAACUACGCGGCGGCGUUAGGCAAUCCCUUGCUCACGGAAUACGCAGACCAUAGCGGAUUUCGGGUUGAAUCAAAAUGGUGCUUAGUAUAUCAUAAUUAUUAAAAUUUAUUUUAUAAAAAAUUAUUUAGUUUAAUUGUUAUAUAUAUUUAAAAAAAAAAAAUCAAUAUAAAAACUGCAAGCUCACCGAAUUCCGUCCAAUAUGUUUUUUUUUUAGUUGCUAGUCAAAUAAAGUGUUUUUUUUUAUUAUUUUUAUUUCUUUAGUUAUCUUUUUAUCUUUGUUAAAUUACAAUAUAAAUAAAAAAAAAAAAAAACUGCAUGAUAUUAAAUUCUUUCUCCUAAAUAUUCUCCUAUAUAUCUGACAUUAUUUUUUUCUGUGUGACUCUUACUUUUUUUUCUCAUUUAUUUAUGUAUAAUGUUAAGUUUAAAACAAAUGAAAAUAGAAGAUUUUGUUAGAACUUCUGGUAUAAAAUCACUUAUAAAUAAAAAAAUAAAUAAAAAAUAAAUAUUCAUUCCAAAGAAUAAAAAUAAAUUAAAACAAAAAAACAGGCAAACACAAGGAAUAGACAAAACUUAUAAACAAAAAAUAUUCGAUUUUAAUUCAUUUUCAUAUAUAUACGAGCAUAUAAAGUAGAACAUAUUUUUUAUGAUUUAUUAUUUUUAAUUAUUAUAAUUUCUUAAAAAUUACAACAAAACAAAAACUUAUACAAAAAAUGUAUUUUUUCAAAGUAGGAGCACUUAAACAACAUAGACGUUUUUCUAACAGAGAACAUCCGUAUCAGAGGGCUGGGGUCUCUCAUAAACCACCAAAUUUUAUUGAAAUUCAGUAAACAAAAAAAAAAAAUUAAACUUAAAUAAUCUUCAAUUUUAAAUUAAAACAAACAACAUUUACU